AUGGAUUAUCCGCUGUUUGCGCUAUCGGCGAUCCACCGAUCCGUCGAUCCCCCGAUCCACUUCCCCGCAGACUCCUCUGCAACACUUGCCUUGUUCAAUUACCAAAACAUGACAGAUUCACUUCCAGACGCUGUGCACGAGUCAAUUACUCAUACCCGGUCAUUCACAGGAUGUGCCACAUGUCGAAGCCGACAUGUGAAAUGCGACGAAGGACGCCCAGAAUGUUCAAUGUGUCAAUAUCUUGGCCUGGACUGUGGGGGAUACGAGAAAGAUAUCUUCUUUGACUUCGAGAGCUCACCUCGCAAUCUUGGGGUGCGGUUUCGCCGACCAUUAUUCUCAGUAAAGGAAAGAGAACGGAUGAGUCAAUGGCUUGUCUCGAGUGCUCCCCCAAAGACAACUCUUCGGAUUAUAUCCCACAUUGAUGAGGAAUGCGAACGAACGACUAUCUCGGAUGAUGUCGAGAUACACCAAGGGCCAUUCGGGGCGUUUAGAUUGAACCAAGAUCGAGACAUCCUGCCUUACAAACCAGCCGUGAACGACCGUGAACAGACACAUUCCAGUUCGCCGGAAGAUGUGAUCCCACUCAGGGAUCCUUACUUGGCCUCGUCAGAUAUGCCUCUAUCGCCUUGGUCACAAGCCUUGUUGCACUUCACUUUAGAUGGACAAGAGAAUGUUCCCAGUCCGCCUCCCCCGGGAUAUUUAGAUGCCGUGAUGGAUCAGGAUUCCCUGGAAGACAAUUCAGCAGCCCAUGAAUAUUUACCCACAUCAUACUUUCUAGAUCAAGCUCACAAUCAUUUCACAUCACCGACCGCUUUGACUUCUAUGGGUACCACGAAAGCCGUACCCCAAGAUGCCGUGUUUCUUCUCAAGCACUAUGCUUCGGCUGUGAUUAGCCUGAUGACUCCCCUGCGACACUCCAAAACCCCCCUGGCAUGUUCUUUUCAUACCUCACGUUAA